GACACUGUUGUUGUGUUGUGUUGUGUUGUGUGUCCAGACAGAAAAGAGACACUUUUUUCCAAACCUCCAAAGCAAGCCCAGGGUUUUUCAUCUCUAUCCUUUUUCCUUUGAACAAAACCUUCAAAAAAGAAAGAAAGAGGGGAAGGAACGAACCAACAAUGGGAAUGGGAUGGGUGGCAAAUCAACAGUGCAGAAGGUGGAAGACAAGUCGUAUAUGGGGAGCAACAUUUCUCUUUUGCAUCUGCUUCAUCUUCUUCACUCCCACAAUUCCUCGCUCUCCCAACCACCACCAAUUUGUUGACAUGCGAAAUCUUCUUGGAGUACCCAACACGUUGAAUGUGAUGACAAAUUUCCCAUUUUUAGUUGUGGGUGUUUUAGGCUUUGUUCUUGCCCUUGAAGGAGGGGUCUUUAACAUAAGUUCUCAAAUAGAGGUCUGGGCUUGGGCACUAUUCUAUGCUGGAAUAGCUGGGGUGGCUUUUGGUUCUGCUUACUACCAUUUGAAGCCCGAUGAUCAUCGUGUGUUGUGGGACACUUUACCUAUGAUGUUGGCCUUCUCUUCGCUUUUGUCUAGUUUGGUUGUUGAGAGAUUUGGCCAAAGGAUUGGGUUGUGUUGUUUGGUUACACUCAUUGUUGCUGCCUUUCUUUGUGUAGUUUAUGAACGAAUUUAUAAUGAUAUUCGGUUCUGCAUGAUGUUCCAGUUGAGUCUGCCUCUAGCUAUUCCAGUAAUAGCAGUCAUGUACCGCUCCAAAUAUACUCACUCAAGAUAUUGGUUGUUGUCUACUGGGAUUUAUCUGCUUGCAAAAUUUGAAGGUGUUACUGACAGGAAACUGUACCACCUAAAUAACUACACUAUCAGUGGGCACUCUUUGGAACACUUGUGCUUAGCACUGAUCCCAAUUUUACUCAGCGUAAUGCUUAUCUACAGGGAACUUAAGUUUCAAAGAUUAGUUGAUCUUAAAGAUCGACCAUGAAGAGGCAGAAAAUUGAUGAUUACUCAAUUGGGAUGCUUGAGAGAUAUUGCAGUACUGAACGAGUGAAAAUUGCCUUCAGGAAUCUCUGUUCUUUUCCCUUAACUUGUAGGUCUAACUAGUCUAGCUGUACAGUGGAGUCAAAUUCCUUUAUUAUCUCCAUAUGAAGGAAUCUCUGUUGAUACCA